AUGGCGAGCAGUAGUGGCUUGACGGCGUCCCCUUUGCGACCUGAUUUGGCCUUCAAUUGGGUUUUCCUUAUUGAGUUGAUUGUCUGCGGAAUUGUGACACUGUUCUUCCUUUUCUAUUUCAAUCGCGUGUUCGCUGCCGUCGUAUCAUGGGGUCUUCGAGUGUGGGCAUGGCGUCAAUAUCGAGUUUAUAUCGACAUUCAAGCCUUACAAAUCUCCCUCCUUGGGGGGCGCGUGUUCUUGAAGGGUGUUAGAUAUCAUGGCAACAAUGAAACUAUAUUGAUACAGAAUGGAUAUAUCACAUGGACAUAUUGGCUUCGCAACGUGAGGGAAUUGGAUUUGAGGAAUGAUGAUUUUACGAAGGGGCAUGAGUCGACGGUUAAUACUGAUAUUGAUCAGGAAGGGGUCCCAAAAGAAAAUAAGAAACUGCCGUGUCGAAUCAAUGUCGUCUUGCAUGGGGUCGAAUGGUUUGUAUACAACCGAAGUGCGGCAUACGAUGCCAUUAUUUCUGGGAUUGCCGGAGAGCGUGAGAAAUCAGAUCAUGUCGCGCAUAGUCAUGGAGAUGAUUCCUCUCAGCACGUGAGACUAAGGAAAAAGGGCAUUGUAGACGAUCAUGGGAAUGCACGAGAUUUUUCCAAAGAGACGAAAAGCGAUUCUCCAACCGGGCCCUCUCAUAUGGAAGAAAAGAUUGAGAUUGGAACACCCCAUGUAGAAGGGAGGCCCGGUAGAUCCCCAGCGCGCUCCCAAACAGUUGAUGCUAUUGGAAGUAACUCAUCCCAUGCUACCGUGGAAUCCACUUUCUUGCUUAGGUUUCUCCCUGUCCACGUUGAUUGUUCCAAAGCUGCAUUGGUACUAGGAAAUGAAAACACUAAGAGCGUGCUCGUUGCUAAGAUGGACAAGGCCGAGGGUGAGCUGGACGCCUCGGCGUCCACCAAACUGGAUCAAUAUAGGCAACUCAUAAACUUUCGCUUCCACCAUCCUGUUAUACAAAUGCAACCGAAUCAUGACUACAAGGAAGAUCAGACCUCGGCUGCCUCCCGAAUUAAGCGCGGCGAUCUUAAUCAUUCAGAUCCCAGUACACGUCGCGCCCAUUCUCACAACUUUUUCCAUCACCAGCGCAAAAGGGCAUGGCAUACUAUUCAAUACCUCGUACCUUAUUUUAAAACUUCAGUGGAGUCUCUCUCGUCGAUCCAUGACAGCCGCUUAAAUUCACCUACUCAAGGAUGCCCUAAUCCAGGCAACUGGCAAGGACUUUCUAGAUAUCUGGAUGAGAGUGGGCAGGACGACAAGGCACAGUGGUCCUCCAACGAAUAUGCAACAGUCACCACUAUAGUUGAUAGUCCUAAGGCAACAAUGAACUUUUAUUGGGAUGUCCCAGGCAAGGUUCAACGACGUAGUGAGGUGUCAAAAUCAACAUAUAAUAAUAUCAAUGGCGAUGUUCCACCUGAAUGGGGGAUUGAACUUUACUUAGAAGGAGCAAUUAUUAAUUACGGUCCUUGGGCAGACAGGCAGCGUGCGGAAAUACAGCGGGUGUUUUUUCCAAGUCUGUGCAAAGAUGCUUCUCCUGCCGAGAUGAUUGAGCCUGGUGAAUACAGAGUCCCAACACAGUUCAAACUUUACAUCGAGCUUGACCACGAGACAACGCUUCGAGUGCCAAUUAGAGAGGAAUCAAAAAACUGGAAAUGGACAAAGCAAGCAGACACCACGGGUGCCCGCCAAACUGAACGGAAACGGACUAGUAAUAGAGGUCGCAGGAGGAAAGAUGAUAAGGGCUCCAAUGGGCCUGAGGUCCAGGUUCGUCCGUUUGGUUGGCUUGACAUUAAGGUUGGCGCAAAUGCGACAGUUCGGUACCUUAUGGAUAUGGUGGCGGGGGAGUCUGGAUUUUCAAAUAAGCUUCAAUUGGAUCUGCCUAACACGGAGAUCACUACCAGUGUCAACCACGGCCUGCUAUGGAGAUCUAGUGGUAAUGUUAUAAGCUGCGAUAUGUCCAACCCUUUGCAGUGGAAUGGCUUCCGAACAUGGAAGUUCGAUAUUGGUAGUCGCGGAUUGGAACUUUUCAUCUUGAGGGAACAUGUCUUCCUCCUCACAGAUCUUGUCGCUGACUGGGCUACUGGGCCGCCGCCGGAAUAUCUGACAUUCACGCCAUUUCGGUACUUGGUGAAUCUCAAUCUUCAAGGGUUUAAAAUCUACCUCAACGUCAAUGAUUCCAAUAUAAUCAAUAAUCCUGCCGAUUUUGACGACAAUACCUUUAUCAUCAUUUUCGGAGAGUCGCUUAUCGCAGACAUUUGCAUCCCAAUUGAUACCUUUCGGCCCCAUCGAAAUGAUAUAUCAUUUGAUGUUUUGGCUAAGCAGGGUGGACUGAACUUGCAUGUACCUCCAUGGAAUACGCAGGCGACCUUUGUUAACUCCACAGAAAUAGCCCAACUCGACACAUUAAAACUUGGUGGGAAGUAUCAGUAUUGUGCAACUACUUCGUCCAGCAAUACUGAUACACUUAUACUUGAUGUGUAUGGUAAUGGGGCUACAGCUCAAUUCUACGGCUUCGUUUUACGAUAUUACCUUAAGGUGAAAGACAAUUACUUCGGCGAUGAUAUCCACUUCAGAACCUUGGAGGAACACCAAGACGCCAUUCGUAUAAAAACCGCUAGCAGUCAAGAAGCCACAAAUGUUCAACCUCACAAGAAGAGCAAUGAUUUAGACGUGAUCUUGAGCGUAUCUGCCGACGAAUCUAGUGUAAUUUUACCCGCAAAUUUGUAUUCCGCAAAGAGCCAUGUGCGCAUAGAUAUUGCGACACUAGCUGCUGAUCUUCGCUUCACUAACUACUACAUGGACUUGGAUGUAGAGCUGAGCACAUUAGCCUUCUCCUUGGGUACGGAGAAUGAUGGUAGAAUGUCCGUUGUGAGCGCAACGUCUGGAACCCAACUUUUCGUGGACGGUCUUAACAUCUCAGGCAAUCGACUUUUUGGUCUACCUCCUACUGAACCGACUUAUGUCUGUAAUUGGGAUUUUGGAGUAGGUGCAAUAACUGGUGAGUGUACAAGUGACUUCUUUGUGCGAUUACUUGGAGGGGCGAAGGCGCUUGCAUUUUCCUUUGAUGAUGAUGAAAAUGCUCUACCACUCACUGCUGAGUUACUGUUGCACGACGUAACUUUUCUUCGCGCCUCAGUCGAUUCUAUUCGCAUUUGGAUACAUGUUGAAGAGGCAGCCUUUCUAUUUUCUACCUCUAAGAUCACUCUCAAUUUUGACGAUUGGGCUGGAUCUCAUUAUUCCAAAAAACUGGAUCUUCAAAUACCAAACUUGAACAUUGGCUGCGUUGAUGCGGAAUCAGCUUCAAGGCACAGGUCAAGAACACAACAUCCUGUGGAGACGCACGGCCUUGUCCAGACAACCAUCUCCUUUGGAAUGAUCCAGAAGAAGCUUGCAUUUGUGGAAGAUCGCCGGUUGCAACAAGAGCACUUAAGACGCCAUGAUAGAAGAACACACAGAACCGACUUCCUCUUACAUGAUUAUGUUACGACAGAUAUAGACCGAGACAAUAUCGACCCGCCUGCUAUGUGUGUUCCACCAAUGCCCCCUCCAAUCUCCUGCAAUGAUGGUCUUAGUCAAAACAGGUCAUUUACUUCUGAAUUGUCCUCCAAGGUAUCGUCGGUGCGCAGGAAUCGACCUAGGACGGGGCUUAAGAGUUCGUUCUUGACCGCUUCUAGUUCAAGUUUAAGAAGCGAUCGGAGCAUUGUUCGACCUCAUUCAUUCAAUAAUGAGGGAGCAUCGAUUUCGGCUUCCCGUUCUAGAAGUAGACAGGCCGGUCAAUCUCAUCUCAGAGAUCUUUCUGUCUCAACCGGUCGUCAAUCUUCAUUCUAUAGUGCCGUCGGCGAGCCCAAAGGCCUCCCACCUUCCAGCGUCACCUUCUCAAGCUCCUACAUCGCACCAUACUUUCCACUCGCGGCCGUAGAACCAGACCUUAAGGAUCUCCCCGUUCUGGACCCUGAAACCCAAAACGACAAUGCCAUGAAAUCACCUCGCAUGAAUCUAGGAGAUAUACAGCCAGAUCGAGUUGGUCAAGAUGCGACGCACGUCAGCUUUAUCGUGGAAAUGCCUUGUGGCAUCAAGGCAGUGCUCAACCCGAAGGCUGUAGGAGCUGUUGCGGACCUACUUUCAGCAAUACAACCUGUAGAUCCUAUUGAUAUGAUAGAUGAUCUACAGAUCAGUUCUAUUGGUGAAAUAUUUGGUUUGGAGAAAAAAGACAAAACGAAUGGCGAGAUUCUCGAUAUAGCUUUGCGGACUCCAGGCAUAUGUCUUCGCUUCUUAAAUUCACCAGAUGUGCAUGACUCAAGCACUGGUGAGAAUGAUAUGCAUGAUCAGUAUGACCUCUCUUUUUCGCAGCUUGCAAUUACUGCAAGAAAUGAAACGACUGGAACGUCGAAUGUCCUCGCUGCCCAAUCAGAUCGGCAAUCCUCUGCGAUACAUUUAUCCCUCGGCUCUGCUGUUGUCGCCGCCAAGGAACGGUUUGGCGAUCUGAACGAUCCACAAGCAGCCGUCAACGCCAUCUUUGAGGAUGUCGUGUUUUGGGUUGCUUCUGGCAAUAACACGGCGGCAAAUGUGAUAUUCAAAACUAUUGAGGUCAAUACUGCUAGCAGCAAGAUCGAAUACCUUGCCUCAUUGGUUCAUCGCACCAAUGUCCUCGCUGAUCGUGUAGCUGAGACAUUUACAUCUAGGCUAAGCCAGCAACGUAAUCGCCUCCAGCUUUUUACAUAUCUCGUUGCAACAGCAGGGGAACAUGCAACAGACCCAUUGUUUUUGACAAGGCCGGCUUAUGUCCUCCGGAGUGCACAAAAACAUUUGAGAACUCAUGAUUCCUGGAAAGUGAUUGCUCGGCUUCGACAUAUGUAUUCCAUUCUUGGUACAUCUGCACAGCUCGAUAUCAUGAACCGUUGCGCAAAUAAUGCAGAAAGUGUGCCCAAAGAUGCUGCACAGCGAGUCAUUGCCAGCUUUGCUCAAUGGAGGAGCUGGGAUCUCACUAACCUCUCCACCUGUGUUCUCAUGAGUAAUGUUUUUGGUCUUGCCAAGGAGAGUGCUACCACAGCUAUCGCGGAAGCACCAAGCAUAAACGUAUCAUUUAGAACAGAGCUUGUAAGGCUUGUGAUUGAUCCAGGCCCAAAGCAGAAUGAGAUUGCAUUGUCUUCUUUAACGGCUAGUGCGUCAGUCACAACUACGUCUUUUCCCAUUGCGCCCGAACUGUCUGCUUCACAGAAUCAUUCGAAUGCAGACACUAUACAGAAUACCGUCCUACAUGUAUUUUGUGAAGAUGUAUCAAUCAAUCUGAAUUGGGAGCUGUGUGAGCUCGCACAAGAUAUUUUAAGAUUAUAUCAGCAAAGUGAGUCGAAGGUACCAGUACCAGAAAAACCUUCGCCAAUCACGCUAGCUCGCCCGAAAGUAAAACCAAAGGAGAAUCUUCAGAUCGUGAUUGCAACAGAUAAAGGCUCUAUCACUUUAGACACAAUCAACCUUAAAGCUGUUUCCAUUAGUAAAGGCUUGAAAGUCUCCAUCGUUCUAACAGAGGAAAUCGCCAAUACGACUAUGUUGAAUGUCAUGCUCGCCGCAGAAGCUGUCACCUCAAAGUUCCAGAGCCAUUCACAGCCACUAAGUCUAUACCAGUUGCGAAAUCCUAGUGUAUAUGCCUCAUAUGAAAGUUCAAUGUUCAACGGAAUUCCUAUGAACGUUUUCAAAGUUGCGGCAAAUUCGCAAGAGUUGUCAUUCAUAGUCCAGCAAGAUAUCGUGGCACUCAUUGAAGUCCUAGACCUAGUAAUUGGAGAUGAAGUCGCCCAGCUUCACCGUUUAGUGACGAAACUGCCAACAGCUAAACGGCCUAGGUCACCAUCGAUUGUAUCGCCACCCAGCGUUCAAGAACGAAAGCCGAUCAAUAAAAUCCACCUAGCACUGUUCCUCGAUAUGUAUCAAAUCAGCAUACCUCUGAUACAAUCUUUGACCUAUACUAUUUCAGGUAUUAUCGCUAGGGCCUCCUUGGCUGCUCAGAUUGGGUCCGAAAUUGUUUUCGAUUUCGAUAUUAAGGAUCACUCACAUGAUUUUCAAACAACGCAAAACGAUAAAAAGCAAAGUAUUUCGUUGUUGCAAAUGCCGCCAACGAACGGCCGUAUAGUUAGCAGCAUGUCUGAGGAAGAGAAUAGGAUUUCAAUAUUUGCUUCCGUAGAACCCAUAGAGAUCGAUGCAGCUGCUCUUCAUACUCUCUCGACUGCUCUCAAUCGGCCAGAGAUAUCCAGCGUCGUCUCAGAUAUUCGCGACGAUAUAAAAGCAGUACAAGCACAUGUUGAAGAAAUAUUCGACACAAGCGGCAGUCCAGUACCUGCUUCACCCUCAAAAGUCGGCCCUGCCCUUAUUUACGACGCUCACCUGACCUUUGCAGGCUUGGAUAUCUAUGCAAAUGCGGAACCGUCGCGAGACGGGAAAACAACGGCAAAGUUGGGAUUCAAUGUUGAAUGCAUGCAACUUCUAGUUGCUAACAGGCUGGAGACACGUGGGCCAACAUAUGAGUUUCCGGAGAUUCAUAUCAAUCUGCACCGCAUAUUGUUCGAAUUAUCUCGUCUCAACAACGGGAAUAUGGAACCCUGCGGGAAUCUCGCAUUUGCUGCUUUCUUGACUGCCACGAGCAAGAAGAACGAGAUUGGGGAUGACGUGAGAUCGUUCAACCUUACGAGUAAUGGCCUUGAGAUUAAUCUUUUCGCCGAAACUGCAUCUUCCGUGGUAGAGGUCAUGGGUCAUUUGCAAAAUAAAAUCAAAGAUAUUGACUUUACGCGCGAGAAACAAUAUUUCAAAAAAUUUCGCAAGUCAAAACCAAGGAUUACAGUUAACGACGAGCCUAAAGAUUACGAUAGUGUCGCGGCCUCAACCUCAACCGUUAUGUUCGCCUCAAUGUACACUCUUGAAUUGCUCAAUAUCCAAAUUAGCUGGUUAGUUGCCAAGGCAGAAAAUGAUCGCGUCUCACACUCUGAAAAAGAAAACUUGGUUCUGUCAUUGAAGCGAGUUCAUCUGUCGACAAGAAAGGAGAAUUCUGCUCGGCUUACGAUAGAAGACUUACAACUGCAAAUGGUGCCCUCUUCACAUGAUAAAAUCCAACGGUCACUUAAUUCAGCUUUGUUGCCAGAGGUAAUCUUUAAUGUUGGAUAUAUUUCUGGACAGAAUACUCGUAGGUUAGCUUUUCAAGCGGCAGGAAAAUCCCUUGAUUUGCGACUGACUUCUCGAUUCAUCAUACCUGCCGCUGAACUUCAGCGAUCAAUAGGAUCUGCUGUGGAAUUGGUACGGGUAGCAUCAGCUACCUGGAGCACAAGCUCAUCACUAACACUACCAUCUCCAACGCUAGACAACAAGAGACAACCCUUCUUUGGUAAGAAACGGAUGGAAUCUCUACUGGUGGAUGCAGAUUUUGCUGGAGCUGUUGUAUAUCUGUCAGGUAAGAAAUUGACAGAGAGCACACAGCCAAAUCAAGCAGGCAUCGCGAACCAAGGGGCCCAGACCGGGAGAUACGGGCAAUUUACUCACACAGAUGCGGGCAGCAGCACAGUGUUACGCGCGCCUGGCCUAGCUUGGAAGGUGGAGUACACAGAUAAUGGUCUAGAUGACCCUUCCUUGAAUGCUGAGGUGAAGGUCGAUGCUUCCACAAAUAUACUCUAUCCGUCCGUAGUCCCUCUUAUUCUAGAGAUAUCUUCCUCUGUCAAAGACAUUGUAAGUGAAGAUGGCAAGGAUAAGAAGUUGGUGCCGAAACCGUCACCUCAAAAAUUCAUGAGCUCCGACGACGACAACAUAUUAGCAGCCGAUCCGAGUACUGUUCUCGGCCGCACCAAACUUAAUUUAGGACUUAGAAUUUGUAAGCAAGAGUUCACCCUUAGCUGCCAGCCUAUAGCACGCGUCGCUGCCAGUGCUCGAUUUGAUGAGAUUUACAUGACGAUUAAUACGGUCCGUUCCACCGAGCAUGGCCAUUUCUUCGCCGCAUCUGUCGCUUUUACGAGGCUGCAAGCUUCAGUACAGCAUGUCUACUCCAGGGAGUCUACUGGGAGUUUUGAUGUCGAAUCAAUCUUCCUAUCUCUGAUGAAUAGUAAGCAUGUGAGUGGCACCAGUGGAUUGUCUGCAAUAUUGAAAAUCAGUCCCAUGAAGGUCUUAUUCAAUGCCAAGCAAUUACAAGACUUUCUACUUUUUAGAGAGAUCUGGGUGCCCCCAGAGAUGCGCGAAGGCUCUACAGCUCCAGUAUCGUCACCUGAUAACUCGCAAUCGUCAACGUUCCUCGUGCAGAGAUACCAGCAGGUGGCAGCUACUGGUGCCUUCCCUUGGAACGCUACAGUCUCUAUCGCCGAGCUUGAUGUGCAAUUGGAUCUUGGUCAGGCUAUUGGCAAAUCCGCCUUUGUCAUAUCCAACUUUUGGAUCUCAUCGAAAAAGAACUCGGACUGGGAGCAAAAUCUAUGUCUUGGCUUUGAUAAAGUCGGGGUUGACAGCUCCGGCAGGAUGAGUGGAUUCGUGGCGCUUCAGGAUUUCAAAGUACGUACCUCGAUACAAUGGCCAGCACGCGAGAAAGCCUUGAAUCAAACACCGCUGGUACAAGGCUCUUUGGGUUUCAGCCAGCUACGAGUCAAAGCUGCUUUUGAUUAUCAGGCUUUCUUGGUCGCGGAUAUCAGGUCUUUCGAAUUCCUCAUGUAUAAUGUUCGCAAUGGCUCCCAAGCUAAGGGUGAUCGGCUGGUUGCCAUUUUAGAUGGGGAAGCAGUACAAAUAUUUUGCACCGCAACAACGGCAGCACAGGCGCUUGCACUCUAUCAAGCCUUCCUGAGACUUGCCCAAGAGAAAAAGAGUAAUUAUGAAACGUCCCUGUCGGAAAUCGAAAGAUACAUAAAGCGUAAAUCAGUAUCGCAGACGAUGCCACCUCAAUCCAAAACACCCUUGAUUGAACCGAAAAUAGAAAAAUCGAAAAUACCAGUCUCGUUACACACUGAUGUGAUCGUCACACUGAAAGCCUUGAAUGUAGCGGCAUUUCCCAGCACAUUCUCAGACCACCAAGUCUUCAAGGUCGAGGCACUCAACGCACAGGCAAGAUUUGCCGUAACCAUGGAUCAAGGAAAAAUCCACAGUAUCUUGGGUCUCACUCUUGGUCAGCUCCGAGUCGGGCUUGCUGGAGUGAAGCAAGUUGAGGCCCCAAAGUCUGUUAGCGAUCUUUCUGUGGAAGAUGUGGUUGAAAGUGUCACUGGAUCUCGGGGAGGCACUAUAUUAAAAGUUCCCCAAGUCGAGGCUACGAUGCAAACCUGGCAAAUGCCUGGCUCCAACCAUAUUGACUACAUAUUCAAAAGCUCCUUUGAAGGGAAAGUUGAGGUUGGAUGGAAUUAUUCUCGUGUCAGCUAUAUUCGUAGCAUGUACGCAACACACACCAAGGCUCUCGCGCAACGACUAGGGAAGCCUCUCCCACCAUCAGCCCUAAAGAUCACCGGUGUACCAAAUGCAGAAGAUCCAAAAAGUAAGGAAGGCAAGCAACAAAAGAUCACAGCCGAAGUCAACGUUCCUUUGUCGAAAUAUGAAUAUUCAGCACUAGUACCUCCAAUCAUAGAGACACCUCUCCUUCAGAGUCUGGGUGAAGCGACGCCACCAUUAGAAUUUUUUGGGUUACAACGAGAACGACUUCCAAAUCUUACACAUCAAAUAGUGAUUGUGGCGCUGUUAGAAUUGGCUGGAGAGGUAGAGGAUGCUUAUGCAAAGAUUCUAGGGUCCUCUUGA